CAAACUUCCAAUUUAUGCUCCGUUGGCUUUCUAUCCACAAGAGGGACAAAAUUGCUUACGCCUGAAGUACAGUAUAUAUAAGAAUCUCCGCCAUAGCUAGGGUUUUAGUUUUACCAACAGCUUCUGAUAAUCGACCUCGCAGAAAUGGAUACUUCCUUAAGAUACGGUGGAGAAUCACGCGCUCUCAGGAUCGCCACAAACAAGAAUCCUCCUACGGUGAAAUACGCCGGAGAUGUAAGUGCUCUCAAAAUCCACGCUAAGCAGAAGCUCCAAAUCGAUUCCAACACGCUACUUCAGCUUAGCGGAGAGCUUGAUACAGGAACUGGGCUUCCAACUUUCUUGUGUGCACUUGUUAGACACUCCUAUCCUACUCUUUCAGCUAGCCUUGGAGCUGGAUUGCAUUAUGAUAAAAAUGAAAAUCUCCAUUGCACCUUGCGUGGGAAAAAAGCAUAUCCAGUUUCAUUCAAUCGUGAUGUGAACUUUGUUCUUAAAGGGCGUUGCAAUAUUGACCAAGAGUUGACUCAGCCAACACCACAGGGAGCUCUUGAGUUGGUAUGGAACAUGCUAGAUUUUCAGAAAGACCAAGAUGUAAGACUCAAACUUGGCAUGGAAAUCGUUGACAAGAUUCCGUAUGUACAAGUCAGGGAAAACAAUUGGACAUUUAAUGUUGAUAUUAAUGGAAGAUGGAAUGUGAGAUACCACCUAUGAGAUGGACAAUUCAUUAUGUUGUUGUUUUCUAACAAGUCUCAAUUGCAAAGAAAAAAAAAAGAACUAAUGUGUAGCUCUGUAGAAUUAGCCCAAAACUACUAAAUUAAGAUUUUUGAUACAUGCUUGUUAUUAUUCACAAUCAGUCAUCUUGUUAAUGCCAAAUAGUGUAUUUUUGUCUCA